GGAGGUGCGGAGUGGGGACGCAGGCGCGCAAGGCGGCAGGAGCUGCUUCCGGCCGCGUCUGUGCUCUGAAUUGAGUUGCCGCGGCCGAGGGAGCAUGGAGACGAUUCUGGAGCAGCAGAGGCGCUAUCAUGAGGAAAGGGAACGGCUCAUGGACGUCAUGGCCAAAGAGAUGCUCACGAAGAAGUCCACCCUCCGGGACCAGAUCAAUUCUGACCACCGCACGCGGGCCAUGGAAGAUAGGUACAUGGAGGUCAGUGGGAACCUGAGGGAUUUGUAUGACGAUAAGGAUGGGUUACGAAAGGAGGAGCUCAGUGCCAUUUCAGGACCCAAUGAGUUUGCCGAGUUCUAUAAUAGACUCAAGCAAAUAAAGGAGUUCCACCGCAAGCAUCCCAAUGAGAUCUGUGUGCCCAUGUCUGUGGAGUUUGAGGAGCUCCUGAAGGCUCGAGAGAAUCCCAGUGAAGAGGCCCAGAACCUGGUGGAGUUCACAGAUGAGGAGGGAUAUGGUCGGUACCUCGAUCUCCAUGACUGUUACCUGAAAUACAUUAACCUGAAGGCGUCUGAGAAGCUGGAUUAUAUCACAUACCUGUCUGUCUUUGACCAGUUGUUUGACAUUCCAAAAGAAAGGAAGAAUGCGGAAUACAAAAGAUACCUGGAGAUGCUGCUUGAGUACCUUCAGGAUUACACAGACAGGGUAAAGCCACUGCAGGACCAGAACGAGCUGUUUGGGAAGAUUCAGAAUGAGUUUGAGAAGAAGUGGGACAACGGCACCUUUCCGGGAUGGCCGAAAGAGACAAGCAGUGCCCUGACCCAUGCCGGAGCCCACCUUGACCUCUCUGCUUUCUCCUCCUGGGAGGAGUUGGCCUCCCUGGGUCUGGACAGAUUGAAAUCUGCACUCUUGGCAUUAGGCCUGAAAUGCGGCGGGACCCUCGAAGAGCGAGCCCAGCGACUGUUCAGCACCAAAGGGAAGUCCCUGGAGUCGCUUGACACCUCUCUGUUCGCCAAAAACCCCAAGUCCAAGGGCACCAAGCGAGACACUGAGAGGAACAAAGACAUCGCUUUCCUUGAAGCCCAGGUCUACGAGUAUGUGGAGAUUCUCGGGGAACAGCGCCAUCUCACUCACGAAAACGUGCAGCGCAAGCAGGCCCGCACGGGGGAGGAGCGCGAGGAGGAGGAAGAGGAGCAGAUCAGCGAGAGUGAGAGUGAAGAUGAAGAGAACGAGAUCAUUUACAACCCCAAAAACCUGCCGCUGGGCUGGGAUGGCAAACCCAUUCCUUAUUGGCUGUAUAAGCUUCAUGGCCUAAAUAUCAACUACAACUGUGAGAUCUGUGGAAACUACACCUACCGAGGGCCCAAGGCCUUCCAGCGGCACUUUGCUGAAUGGCGGCAUGCUCAUGGCAUGAGAUGUUUGGGCAUCCCAAACACGGCGCACUUUGCUAACGUGACACAGAUCGAAGAUGCCGUCUCCUUGUGGGCCAAGCUGAAGCUGCAGAAGGCCUCCGAGCGGUGGCAGCCCGACACUGAGGAAGAGUACGAAGACUCCAGUGGGAACGUGGUGAAUAAGAAGACGUACGAGGAUCUGAAGCGACAAGGACUGCUCUGACGGGGUUUCCCUGGGUUUUUAUUACAAACGAUUCUGUCAACAAUACAACCAGCAUUUGUUCUGAA